UUUUUUUCACUAUUUUUCGAUCUAUUUGUUUUCUCUGCAUAUUUUCUUCCCACUCUGCAGUUAACACUAAACCCACCCCUGCAAAACUAAACCCUAACGGUAGUUAAAACCCUAAAUUUCUCUCUCCACGAACUUCACCAAACCAACGCAGGAGCAAAACCUUCUCUCCUCUUUCUCUCUCUACAUAUACAUAUAUUUAUCUCAAGGUGGGUCUUCUUAAUCACUAGCUAGUCCCAUGGCGAAGAAAAGCACUGAUAAUGGAAACAAGAAGAAGAGCAAGAAGAAGAACAAGACCGGUCCAAAGGGCAUGUUCAUGAAAUCGAAAGCCCCACAAGAAAACCCUUUCGAAACCAUUUGGUCCCGACGAAAAUUCGACAUUCUGGGCAAGAAGCGCAAGGGCGAAGAAAAGCGCAUCGGCCUAGCUCGCUCUCUCGCCAUCCAAAAGAGGAAGAAGACGUUAUUGAAGGAGUAUGAACAAAGUGGGAAGUCUUCUGUGUUUGUCGAUAAUCGAAUUGGCGAGCAAAAUGAUGAGCUUGGCGAGUUUGAUAAGGCCAUAUUAAGGUCCCAACGUGAAUAUCGGUUGAAAGUGAGCAAGAAAAGCAAGUAUAAUUUAUCUGAUGGGGAGGAAGAUGAAUUUGAGCUUGGAGGUCUUGGUUCCUUUCCUGAAAGGGAUGAUUUUGAGGAUGAAGUACCCCUUCAUGACGAUGAUGAUGCUGAAGCUGCUGAUGAUAGGAGUUCAGCAGUUUUAAAACAACUUAAUGCCCAUGAUGCACAGACUGCAUCAGAUAUGGAAUUGAUUGAUGCUGAUAAAAAUAGGCAGAAGACUAAAAAGGAAGUAAUGGACGAGAUUAUUUCCAAGAGUAAAUUCUUCAAGGCUCAAAAAGCAAAGGAUAAGGAAGAAAAUGAACAGUUGGUUGACCAACUGGACAAAGAUUUCUCAUCUUUAGUGCAGUCUGAGGCGUUGUUAUCUUUGACCCAACCAAAUAAAAUGAAUGCUUUGAAGGCUCUUGUGAACAAAAGCAUUUCAAAUGAGUAUCUGAAGAAAAAUGAGGGCUCUGCUCCUGGGAACAUAGAUUCUCUUCAGCUGGAUAAACCUGAUUUUUAUGACAAACUUGUCAAUGAGAUGGUACUGGAUAUGCGUGCUCGCCCAUCAGACAGGACAAAGACACCUGAGGAAAUUGCUCAAGAGGAGAAAGAGCGACUAGAGCUAUUGGAGGAAGAGCGUCGAAAGAGGAUGCUUGCUAGUGAUGACGCCAGCGAUGAAGAUGGUGAUACUUCCAAAGAUGAUGUUGCAUCUGCACCGAAGUUAAGAUCUAUUUCUGGGGAUGACCUCGGUGACUCCUUCUCUCAUGAUGAAGAACCAAAAUCUAAACUGACUUGGGAGACUCUCAGAAGGAAAAAAUCCGAGGAUCAUGAGAGUGAAGAAUCUUCUGAGGAUUCAGAAAGUGCUGAAGAUACUGGUGAUGAAGAAGGAAGUGAAGAAGACAAUGACAAGUGUGAAGAGAUCGAAUCGUUAAAGGGCUGGGAACAGAGUGAUGAUGAUGAUCUUAGUACAGAUUUGGAAGAUGAAGAUGAUGAUGGUGUUGAUGAAGAGGUCCAGCGAAAAGGCAAUAAAAAUGAAUCAGUGAUUAAGGAAAGACAUAGAGGUUCCUUAGAUUCUGAGAUUGCAAAAGUAAAUGGUAAACAGCCUUCAAUUCAGCAAGGGGACCUUCCCUAUGUAAUUGAAGCUCCAAAAAGCUUGGAAGAGUUAUCUUCAUUGUUGGAGAAUCGUCCCGAUGACCAAAUUGUUGAAGCAAUUAGGCGAAUUCGUGCAUGCAAUGCGAUUACUGUUGCAGCAGAAAAUCGAAAGAAAAUGCAAGUAUUCUAUGGUGUACUAUUGCAGUAUUUUGCUGUUUCGGCAAAUAAAAAGCCACUGAAUUUCAAGCUACUGAAUUUUCUUGUCAAGCCAUUGGUGGAAAUGAGUGCGGAGAUCCCAUAUUUUGCAGCCAUAUGUGCUCGUCAACGGUUACUUCAGACUCGAACAUUGUUCUGUGAGGAUGUCAAGAAUCCAGAGAAGACCUGUUGGCCCUCUCUGAAGACGCUGUUUCUUUUAAGGCUGUGGUCCAUGAUAUUUCCUUGCUCUGAUUUUCGUCAUGUUGUCAUGACCCCUGCAUUACUGUUGAUGUGUGAAUAUCUGAUACGUUGUCCCAUUCUGUCUGGUCGGGAUAUUGCAGUGGGUACCUUCUUAUGCUCUAUGGUCCUCAAUGUCACUAAACAAUCAACAAAGUUGUGUCCUGAGGCCUUAACAUUCCUUCAAACUUUGCUGAUGGCAGCUAUAGACAGAAAAUCUGGACUAUGUAAGGAUUCUCAGUUCUUCCAACUCAUGGAACUUAAAGCACCGAGUCCUCUGCUUUGUCUACAAGGCCGUGUAAACGAGAUUAGUCCUCUAGAUUUCCUCAAAUUAAUGGACAUGCCAGAAGACACUCCCUUUUUCAGCUCUGACAAUUUCAGGGCCAGCAUGCUUGUGUCCGUGAUUGAAACUCUACGAGGCUUCGUUAAUGUUUAUGAAGGAUUUAAUUCAUUUCCUGAAAUAUUCUUGCAAAUUUCCAAAUUAUUACUUGAACUGGCUCAACAAGAACACAUGCCAGAUGCAUUACAAGAUAAAAUUAGAGAAGUUGCCCAGCUCAUAGAGAAGAAAACUCUUGAACUUCACAAGCUGCGUCAACCACUACAUAUUCGAAAACAAAAGCCAGUGCCUAUCAAACUAUUAAAUCCAAAGUUUGAGGAGAACUAUGUUAAGGGUAGAGAUUAUGAUCCAGACCGUGAACGAGCUGAGAGGAAAAAGUUGAAGAAACUUGUAAAACGGGAAGCUAAAGGGGCAAUUCGUGAACUACGAAAAGAUAAUUAUUUCUUAUUCGAGGUGAAAGAAAAGGAUAAGAAAAGGCAAGAAGAAGAAAGAGCUGAGAAGUAUGGAAAAGCAAGAGCUUUCCUCCAGGAACAAGAGCAUGCGUACAAAUCUGGGCAAUUGGGAAAAGGCAAAGGCAAGAAGAGGAGGAGAUGAUGCUGGCUCUGAAUGGAUGUCAUACUGCCUCCAAGUUUCCUUUGAUUUAGGAUGCCAUUGCAGGAUUUGGAGGAUAUGUAACAUACUGUAAUGGGGGCCGCAACACGAGAGAUUGUUACGUCUGGUGGCUGAACAAGAUUCUGAAAUUUUGACUGAUACUGAUUAUUGAGUUGAUUGUAUGACAGUGGAGGCAAGAAGGGAUAGUAACUUUCCCCAAAUAAUUUAUAUUGUUAUUAUUAUUUUUUAGAUUGUUUGAUUAUUCAAAUAUCUGUCUUGAUGUU